AUGCCUCCCAAGUCAUCUUCGCGGGCCUGGGAUGCCCUGGAGCCACCAUUGUCGCAAUGGACCCUCGAUGCGGUCAGCUCAAUGGGAUUUACUCGCAUGACUCCAGUUCAAGCCUCGGCCAUCCCUCUGUUUAUGCAACACAAAGAUGUGGUCGUGGAGGCUGUCACAGGAAGUGGAAAGACUCUAUCGUUCCUUAUCCCGAUUGUUGAAAAGCUCCUUCGCCUUGAUGAGCCUCUCAAGAAGCACCACGUCGGGGCAAUUGUCAUUUCCCCCACAAGAGAACUCGCUUCCCAGAUUCACCAAGUCCUCCUGUCUCUUUUGGAAUUCCAUGCCGACUCGGCGGCAGCCAUCAAACCCGCCGAGGAGGGUGCUCCUCGUCAAAAAUCUUCGACAAUGAAGGUCGUCCCACAGCUUCUUCUGGGAGGCGGUACAUCCCCGGCAGAGGAUCUGAAACACUUCCUCAAAACCUCGCCCAACGUGCUCGUCGGUACUCCUGGACGACUGUUGGAACUUCUUUCGUCGCCCCAUGUUCACUGCCCCCAGUCAACAUUCGAGAUGCUUGUGUUGGAUGAGGCCGACAGACUUCUGGAUCUUGGAUUCAAGGAAGACCUACAAAAGAUUCUGCGUCGCUUGCCUAAGCAGCGUAGAACAGGCUUGUUCAGUGCUAGUAUCAGUGAAGCGGUGGAUCAAAUCGUGCGCCUUGGUCUGCGCAACCCCGUCAAGAUUGCUGUUAAGGUCAAAGGAGCCGGUGCGGAAGAAAAGCGCACUCCAGCAAGUCUACAGAUGACCUACUUGACCACGCCCCCACUUCACAAGUUCGCCAUCCUCAAGCACAUUCUAUCCUCGGUUCAGCCUACACCCCAAAAAACCAUCUUCUUCGUAUCAACAUGUUCCAGUGUUGAUUAUCUCGCCACCAUCCUGCCGAUUAUGCUCGGCAGUGAAUUCACACUAGUCCCGCUGCAUGGAAAGCACCAGGCCAAUGUCCGCCAAAAGAACUUCACUAAAUUCACCACCUCCACCACUCCUUCCAUUCUCCUUACCACCGAUGUCGCCGCUCGCGGCCUUGAUAUCCCCUCAGUCGAUCUUGUGGUCCAGAUUGACCCCCCAUCAGACCCCAAGACCUUCAUUCACCGAUGUGGACGAGCCGGCCGCGCAGGUCGCAGAGGUCUCAGUAUCGUGCUCGUCCACCCCGGCCGGGAAGAAGAUUACGUUUCGUUCUUGGAGAUCCGCAAAACGCCCGUGGCGCCAUUCGAUCUUACCGAACUCUCUGACGAGGAGGCCAUGGCCUCCAUAGACAAAGUCCGCCGGGCGGCCAUGAAAGACCGCGCCAUGUACGACAAGGGCCAAAAGGCAUUCGUCAGCUGGUUGCGCAGCUAUAGCAAACACCAAGCCAGUAGUAUUUUCCGGACCACGGAUCUGGACUGGGAAAAUCUCGGCAAGGCGUGGGGUCUCCUCCGACUGCCGAAGAUGCCGGAGUCGCGCUCCUUCGAGGGUGACCGGUCCCUGGGCAUUAAGAUGGACUGGGACAAGUACGCCUACAAGGACAAGCAGCAGGAGAAGCGUCGCCAGGAGGCGAUUGCGGAGGCUGCCAACUCCACGAAUGCCGAGCAAGGCACUAAGCGUCGUGCUACGGAGAGUGUGGCCUGGAGUCAAAAGACUGAGGAUCGGGAAAAGAGACUCCAGAAGAAGGAGGCCAAGAAGGCUCGCAAGGAGAAGGACCGAUGGGAUAACUUGCCGGAGGACCAGAAGCAGAAGGCUCUUGAGACGGAGCGCAUGCUUGAGGAGAUUCGCGCCAAGAAUGAGCAGCAGCGGUUGCUUAAGGCUGCUGGCAAGACUGAAGAAGCCAAGGAUGAGGGAGAGUUCAACGGUUUUGAUUGA